AAUUAUGGCUCCCAAUUGGUUUGUUCUUCUUUUCUUUCUUUCACGUGCUGCUCUUUGUUCCUCUUCCGAGCCUCGCAACCACGAAGUGGAGGCUUUGAUGAGUAUAAGGGCAACACUGAAUGAUCCACAUGGCGUGCUGAGCAACUGGGAUGAAUUCUCUGUGGACCCUUGCAGCUGGACAAUGAUUACUUGCUCCUCUGAUUACCUUGUUAUUGGACUGGGAGCACCCAGUCAAUCUCUUUCUGGAACUCUGUCUCCAGCAAUUGGGAAUCUCAAAAAUCUUCGACAAGUGUUACUACAGAACAACAACAUCUCUGGCAAAAUGCCAACGGAGCUUGGUGAACUUCCCAAACUUCAGACUUUAGAUCUUUCCAAUAAUAGAUUCUGUGGGGUGAUACCAGGGUCUCUCAGUCAGUUAAAUAGUCUUCAGUACCUGAGGCUGAACAACAAUAGCUUGUCUGGGCCUUUUCCUGUGUCACUAGCGAAAAUCCCACAACUUGCUUUCUUGGACUUGUCUUAUAACAAUCUCAGUGGACCAUUGCCCAAGUUUCCAGCUAGAUCAUUCAAUGUUGUCGGAAAUCCAUUGAUUUGUGGAAGCAGCUCUACUGAAGGAUGCUCCGGUUCAGCAACCCUCAUGCCUGUUUCCUUCUCUCUAGCAUCAUCACAAGGGAAAAACAAGUCCAAGAAACUAGCACUUGCACUUGGGAUCAGCCUUAGUUGUGUUUGUUUCGUAUUCCUGUUUUUAUGGCUCUUUUGGUAUCAUAAGAAAAGGCAGCACCGACCAAUACUGUACAUCGGUGAAUAUCAUCAAGAAGAAGGAAUUGUUAGCUUGGGAAAUCUGAAAAAAUUCACUUUCAGAGAGCUCCAAAGUGCAACAGAUAAUUUCAGCCACAGGAACUUACUUGGUGCUGGAGGCUUUGGCAAUGUUUAUAGGGGGAAACUUGGAGACGGAACAAUGGUGGCAGUGAAAAGGCUGAAGGAUGUGACUGGGAGUGCUGGUGAAUCACAGUUCCGAACAGAAGUGGAGAUGAUAAGCUUGGCAGUUCACCGCAAUUUACUUCGCUUAAUUGGAUAUUGUGCCACUCCUAAUGAAAAGCUUCUGAUUUAUCCUUUUAUGUCUAAUGGCAGUGUGGCCUCCAAGCUUAGAGGCAAACCUGCUUUAGAUUGGAACACAAGAAAGAGAAUAGCGAUUGGAGCUGCCAGAGGUCUUCUCUAUCUACAUGAGCAAUGUGAUCCUAAGAUAAUACACAGAGAUGUUAAGGCUGCUAAUGUGCUUCUGGAUGACUAUUGUGAAGCUGUUGUUGGUGAUUUUGGCCUUGCAAAGCUCCUUGACCAUGCUGACUCCCAUGUCACCACUGCUGUCCGCGGCACUGUAGGGCACAUUGCACCAGAGUACCUCUCCACUGGCCAAUCUUCUGAUAAAACUGAUGUAUUUGGAUUUGGCAUUCUCUUGUUGGAGCUCAUAACUGGAAUGACAGCUCUUGAGUUUGGAAAAACGCUGAAUCAAAAAGGAGCAAUGCUAGAAUGGGUUAGGAAAAUACAGCAUGAAAAGAAAGUUGAAGUGUUGGUGGACAAGGAACUUGGAAGCAACUAUGACAGGAUAGAAGUGGGGGAGAUGCUGCAAGUAGCUUUACUUUGUACUCAAAAUUUGCCAGCACACCGCCCCAAAAUGUCUGAAGUCGUUCGAAUGCUUGAAGGUGAUGGCCUUGCUGAGAAAUGGGCAGCAUCACAUAAUCAUGCUAGUCUCAGUCUGAACACCCUUCACUGCAACUGUAGCAAAAGUUUAUCCCACCCUACCACUGCUUCAAAGCAUGAUGAUAAUAAUGUUCAUGAUCGUUCCAGCAUGUUUGGCAUGACAAUGGAUGAUGAAGAUGGUGAUGAACAUUCUUUGGAUUCCUAUGCCAUGGAACUCUCUGGUCCCAGAUGA